AUUUCGAAAGGAAAUAUGGGGUCCUCUGAAACAAUAGAUGAUAGGCACAUCUACGUAUGGAAGCACGGGGGAUCAUUCAGAAAAGGGAAUCCGUCUAAAGACGACAUCGCACGCGAUUGGAAUAUUGACUUGUUUUUGUUGGUUUCAAUAGGCGAAACGAAAGUGAUCUGUUGGAUCUUUUUUGAAAAGCACGUUACGAGCGACAAGGCUCAGAUUCUUGCAAGAUCACAUGAACUACUAUUUAUGACUACGUUUAUACGGAUCGAUUUACGCCGAAGUUAUAACAUUGAUAUUAGGGUGCAGUCCCACGUAGAGAAAAAAGCGGAACGGAAACAAACGGAAAGCAAGCACAGUGGGGAGUAACUACGCAGAACGUACGUUUCUCCAAAUAUCUGUUCCGAUUUUAUAUGACUGGGUUCCCCCAUGUACCAGGAAAAACGGAAAUUUAUUACGUAUAC